CAAGGCUCUAAAACCGCAACGGGGAUUUAAACGGCCAACUUGGAACACCAUAGUUUACUGCAACACCGUUCCUAUCUCACCGACCGGUACCGCACGUCACCGGGCAGCACGUCAUCAAAGUUUAAAAGUGUGCUCGAUCUUUGGGGAGUAGAAAGCAACAGUUAUCCAAGGCCGACGUGUGUGUAACUUUCCUUUCAAAUUCCGGGUGUACUUUUACAGUAUAACUCACCCGCGGCACUUGUUGCGCAGGAUGAUUAUUUAGCGGCUAGGCAUUGAACAUUUCCGCCACAGUUUUCUUUGACUCUGCCGCGAACACAGGUGCUUUGCACUUCACCCAGACGCUGUUGUUAGUGCUACUCUAAAAAAAAGGGAAUAAUAGAAAGUCUGAAAUCAUGGACGAGUCACCGCCGACAUUUCACUGGGCCGACUACCUGAUCUUCACGUGUAUGCUGGCCACGUCGGCGGCCAUCGGGGUCUUCUACGCGGUGAGGAGCCGGCGGGAGGGCUCGUCUAGUAGAGAAUACAUGCUGGCGGACCGAGAGAUGAGCUUCUUCCCCGUUGCCAUGUCUCUUCUAGCCAGUCUCUUCACGGGCGUCUACAUCCAGGGGAGUGUGGCUGAGACCUACUACCGAGGAGCCAUCCUACUGCUUGGCUCCAUCAUCCCACUGGUUCUAGCUGGGGUUAUCUCUGGCAGAGUCUUCAUGCCCAAAUUCUACGAGAUGAGACUGACAAGUGUCUAUCAGUAUCUGGAUUUGCGUUUCAAUGUGGCUGUGAGAAACUGCUGUUUACUGUUUGGAUAUCUCUACAUGAUCUUACACUCGGGUGUCGCUACAUACGCUGCAUGCGUUGUGCUGACUACAGUAACUAGUGGAAAGUUGAGCGUGGUUUUGAGCGCGGUAAUUCUCUCUGCUGUUUGUACCUUCUACACCGUCAUCGGUGGAAUCAAGGCUGUUUUAUGGGCAGAUUGCUUCCAGAUGUUCCUGAUCUUUGCAUCCCUCUUAGCAGCAGUGCUCCAGGGAGCUGUCAAACUAGGGUACACCGAGAUCUGGAGUUUGAAUCUCGAGGGUGGUAGACUCAACCUUUUCGAAUUCGAUCCCGAUCCAAGGAUCUACGCCUCGUUCUGGACAGUGGUGAUUGGAAUCUUCUUUUCGUGGCUACCAUCAAUGAUCGUUCUGCAGUAUCAGGUGCAGCGAUAUCUCACCUGUAGAUCGCAGAAAACGGCUCACAUUUCGUUCGGCGUAUUUCUGGGCGGAAGUGUCGCGGUCACAAUUCUGGCCGCUUUAGCAGGGAUGGCGAUGUACGCCCUCUACGUUGACUGUGAUCCAUACUCCGAUGGAAAACUACCCCAUAAGGAUGGGCUUCUUCCGUAUUACGUCUUAGAUGCAUUCAAGGAUGCUCCGGGCAUUCCUGGUCUCUUUGUCUCCGGCCUUUGCAGUGCUGCCCUCAGCACCACGUCAUCCAUCUUGAAUUCCAUAGCAACAAUAACAGGAGAGCACGUCAUCACUAAAAUCUGGACAGACUUGCCCGAUCGAAGAUACUUGUUUAUCACCAAGAUGCUUGCGCUUUUCUUUGGUACUCUCAAUAUCGGAACCGUUCUGGUGGUUUCGAAGCUGGGGGAUAUCCUGCCGGCUUUGAUUGGCCUUAUUGGUAUCACUAACGGUCCAGUUUGUGCGGUGUUCAUUCUGGGGUUCUUCUUUCGAAGGGCGAACUCAAAGGGAACCAUGGUUGGGUUCGUUGUAGGGAUAAUAUUCGGAAUCUGGAUCUUCAUUGGGUCUAUCUUCUACCAACCACCCCUUCCAAGUUUGCCAUUGUCAACGGACGGAUGUCCCGACGACGACACCAUGACAAAUGCGUCCAUGGCAGUCACCACAAUGGCCAUGACUUUUGUCAAUAUGACCACAGCGGCGGUGCCAGUGGAAAGUUCAGGUGGGAUCGUGGAACUCUACAAGGUGUCCCGGCUCUGGUACCCAACGAUAACCAUAGUGACUGUCACACUAGUCGGAAUUGUCGCCAGUCUGUUAUUUGACGCAUAUUUCGGCAAGCCCAAAGUUGACUCGUUCUUGCUAUGGGACUGGAGAACAUCUUUCUGCUGCUGCGUCACUAAGCAAGCAAAGAUCGAGGAUGAGAAAUCGCUCUUCGGCGUCACCAGUGACGUCAUGUCAGACGUCACCGUGGAAACCGGCGAUCCAGCAGGAAUAGUCAACACUGUAUGUGAGGGAUGUGAUGUGUGUAAAUCGCCCUCAAGAACAACCCACUUGUAAAAUGACGUCUAAAUGACGUGUACAUGACGUCAUCCGUUCAUUCUCAAACAGCGCCCUCAGCUGUUUGCUGAUAGUUUUAAUCGCAUUCUGCUGUAAUUAAGCUGAAUGAAAUUGAACUUGAAAAACAAAUAACAUUGUCUCUGCAAAACAGAAAUGAAAACGAUCGUUUCAUACUGCUAAUAAUUAAGGAUGCGACCCCCCCCCCCAAAAAAAGUAUGAUUACGGCUCGAAGGUUUUGUAAAUUUAACAAUCCUACUUUAGAACUGUUUAAUAGUCUUUUUACAUAUUAUACCACAGGGUUUACCUUUAUGUUGUAGGGGCUUUACGUACACAGUUUUAAUACGAGAUAAGAAGGUGCUUUAUAAAAAAUAAUUGAUUUUAUAAAAUUUGAAGAGUAUGAAUAUUGUUUGUAGCCUAAACGUUUAAUACUGAUUACUGCCGUGAUUCUUUAGUUCCUACUUCAUGUACUUUUUUAGAUGGUAAUGUGUCUUUCGAGUGUAACAAUGCAAAUAGUAUGUAACAUAAUACAAUGACUUCACUGUGUCAUAAGCACAUGUAGAUAGGUGAUUUUCUUUUUAAACUGAAGAAGUUUUAACCUGAAGUGUUUCAUUUUAAUUUGUCUUUCGUAUGUACAUUGUAAAUACACGGGCUUUCACUUCUGUCAAAAGCUAAACAGAGCACGCCAUAUACACAUAUUAGGAAGUUAUUUAAUUAUUGACUGUAGUUCGUGUUUCAGGGUACAAAUUUUAACUUUUUUUAACAACGAAAAAGUUCGAUUUUAAGUUUAAAGUAUAUGUUGUACCGGGAGUAUUUUUGUACAAAUAGUACAGAAGUUCUUUAAUUGUUGACUGUAGUUUGUGUUUCAUGGUACACAAUUUUACUUUUUAACCAAAAAAGUGAAAUUUCAAGUUUAAAUUAUAUUUCGUUCCUGGAUUAUUUUUUUUUACAAAUAGUAUAGGGCCUAGUGUGAAUUCCUGUAGUCCAAUCUAGCCAUACAAUCCAUAUUAUCGUAUUUUUUGUGCGUUUGUUCCGCAAUGUCCAAAACUACAGAACCGUUUGAUUUGGUAAAAGAAAUCUCUGAUUGAAGUUGGUAGAUGGCCCUUAACAAUGUGAUGUUAGUUUAUCAGUUGCACAAUCAAGAAUUUCAGUUGUUAAUAAAAAGAGGAAAUAAUUUUCUUUUAAUAGUAUAGAUUAUAACAUAGUAAAUAUACUCCUACUUAUCAAAGGCAUAGUUAUAUAGACUUAUGAAGGACAAUACUUUCUCAUAAAGAUGCAUCAAUCUUCCCAGACCAUUUUAUCAAAAGCACAAGUUGACUUUCGGUUAAGUUGAAAAAGUUACCUUUUGCGUGACGCGAUUAAAACAAACGGUACUUGUUUAAAGACA